UUCAUUGAAGUGUUUAGUGUAAACAACGCCUCAGGUACAACUUUUAAAGGCAAACAGUUAUCAAUAAUCGACAUGUCUAGUGACAGGGAUUCCUCAGAUGAAACGGACAGAAAUGAACUCCUUCCCAGUUUAGCAGAUUUGGAGAAAUGGUGUGUUAAGGACUUGAAAAAUUGGCUACAGGAAAGGGAUCUAAAAAGAAGUGGAUCAAAAUCCAUUUUGGCUAAAAGGGUCUACCGUGCACUACGUACUAUAUGUAAUUCUGACUCAGACGAUUGUGAUUCCAGUUCUAUAUAUUCGAACCGCCAAAUAUUUAGUUCUAAGUACAGUGAGCUUGACUCCUCAUGGGAAACAGCAACGCAAGAUAUAUUACCACAGAUGUCUGAAAAGGGGGUUGAAAAUUACUUCAUGUUUCAUAAAGACCCCUUUUCUGCAAGAAAUGCCAAAUUUAUUCGCCAUUUCCAAAAAGGAAGAAAACUGUGCAAUGAAAAUUAUGUAAGCAACAUAAUGUACCACCCUGUUGAUGAUAGUUCAGAUAUCUGUUAUCUGAAAGCAAAUUGCAAACCAUCGAUGCGGAGUCAUGUUCAAGUUGGUAAGGGGAAAAUGGCUUCCACAUACUCGCUUUACAUCUGCCUAUCCAAAUCAACCGGACAUAUAAUAUUUGCUUACUGUGAUUGCAAGGCUGGUGAGGCUGGACUAUGUGCACAUGUCGGAGGGCUUCUUUUUACUGUAUUAAAGAUUAAAAAUGCCUGCACCUCACAACAAUGCAGAUGGGAAGAGCCAAGGCCAAUACAACGAAAACCUAGUCCGAAGAGAGUACAUGAAGUCAGAUUUUUCAAUCCUGAAAAUUCAAAAAUUCGACCCUACCCCGAUGUGUACCAAGCGUCUGCUUGUAAAGAUCCAGAUACAUUCCUGAUAGACAUACUAAGUGGGCUUGAGAAUAUAAAUCCAAACUGUGUUUUAUUUAAGACAUUAAAAUCAGAGCCUGCUGACAUUUCACCAUUUACUGACCUAUUUAUUCCUGAAUUUAGUUAUGCCGAUCAUGUGAAUCUUGCUUCUGAAGAAUGCAAACUUAAGUUUAAACAAUUUAUGGACAGCAUUGCAAUAAGUGAGAAAAUGUCAAAAAAUGUUGAACUUGGUACAAGAGGUCAAGCUUUAAAUGAAAACUGGAUUGACGUCCGAAAAUGUAUUUUGACAGCAUCAAAUUUUGGUGCUAUAUGUAAAAGAAGAAAAGUGGAGCCAGCCAAAUGCACUCGUUUCAAAUUUAAGGGGAUAUAA